CGCUGUCAAACUUUUCAAUUUCGUGUUUGGUUUCGUGUGGUUUCGUGCUUGAUGUGAUGAUUUUAAUCACAUGAACAUUUAUUUCUAUUGAUUUACUAACCCAAAUAUAAACAAAAGUAUCCCGCAUUUUGUAACUAAACAGGAGUCCUACCAAAACCUACAAUAAUGGAAGGCAAAACAACGAAAAUGCCCAAAGUGGCAAAGGUGAAGAACAAAGCUCCAGCAGAAAUCCAAAUCACAGCCGAACAGUUGCUUAGAGAAGCAAAAGAAAGAGAUUUAGAGAUACUACCACCUCCACCUAAACAGAAAAUCUCUGAUCCAGAGGAGCUUAGGGACUACCAGCACCGGAAGAGGAAAGCUUUCGAAGACAAUAUUCGUAAAAAUAGAAUGGUGAUUGGAAACUGGCUGAAGUAUGCUCAAUGGGAAGAGUCGCAGAAACAAGUCCAAAGAGCCCGGUCCAUUUAUGAACGCGCCUUGGACGUUGAUCACAGAAAUGUUACCUUAUGGCUGAAAUACACCGAAAUGGAGAUGAGAAACAGGCAAGUGAACCAUGCCCGCAACCUAUGGGAUCGAGCUGUGACCAUUCUCCCACGUGUGUCACAGUUCUGGUACAAGUACACUUACAUGGAAGAGAUGCUUGAGAAUGUUGCUGGGGCUAGACAGGUAUUUGAACGUUGGAUGGAAUGGCAACCAGAUGAGCAGGCAUGGCAGACAUACAUCAACUUUGAAUUAAGAUACAAGGAAUUGGAAAGGGCCAGGCAAAUCUAUGAAAGGUUUGUAAUGGUUCACCCUGAUGUAAAACAUUGGAUAAAGUAUGCCAAGUUUGAAGAAAACCACGGCUUCAUCAAUGGCUCCAGAAAGGUAUAUGAAAGAGCUGUUGAGUUCUUUGGUGAUGAAGAACUUGAUGAAAGACUAUUCAUAGCUUUUGCUAAAUUUGAAGAGAACCAAAAGGAACAUGAUAGAGCCAGAGUCAUCUACAAAUAUGCACUGGACCACAUCCCUAAAGACAGGAACAAGGAACUGUAUAAAGCUUACACAAUCCAUGAGAAAAAGUAUGGUGAUAGAUCAGGGAUUGAAGAUGUUAUAGUGAAUAAGAGGAAAUACAUGUAUGAACAAGAAGUUAUAGAAAAUCCUACAAAUUAUGAUGCAUGGUUUGACUACAUAAGGCUUGUGGAAAAUGAGGGUAAUGUAGAUAAUGUAAGAGACACUUAUGAAAGAGCCAUUGCAAAUGUACCCCCAUCAAAAGAUAAACAAUUUUGGAGAAGAUACAUCUACCUAUGGAUUAACUAUGCAUUGUAUGAAGAAUUAGAAGCUGAAGAUAUUGAACGGACUAGACAAAUCUACAGGACAUGUUUAGAGUUGAUUCCACAUAAGAUUUUUACAUUUUCAAAAAUCUGGCUUAUGUAUGCACAGUUUGAAGUUAGAUGUAAAGAUUUGAAACAAGCCAGAAAGACAUUGGGAAUGGCUCUAGGAAUAUGUCCUAGGGACAAACUAUACAGAGGAUACAUUGAUCUGGAGAUUCAGCUCAGAGAAUUUGAUAGAUGCAGAAUUUUGUAUCAAAAAUUCUUGGAAUAUGGCCCAGAGAACUGCAUCACAUGGAUCAAAUUUGCAGAAUUAGAGACACUUCUAGGUGACAUAGAUAGAGCAAGGGCGAUUUAUGAAAUUGCUGUAAACCAGCCAAGAUUGGACAUGCCUGAACUUCUUUGGAAGAGCUAUAUUGACUUCGAAGUAACUCAAGGGGAAACAGAAAAGGCGAGGCAGUUGUAUGAGCGACUUUUGGAGAGAACAGUGCAUGUAAAAGUGUGGCUUUCUUAUGCUAAGUUUGAAUUAAAUGCUGAAAACCCUGAUAACAUCCAUGUAGAACUUGCAAGGCGUGUAUAUGAGCGUGCCAAUACCAGUUUGAGAAGUGCUGGAGAGAAAGAAGCAAGGGUUCUUUUGCUUGAAGCUUGGAAAGACUUUGAAACAGAAAUUGGUGAUGAAGUCAAACUAGAAAAGGUCUUAGAAAAGAUGCCAAGAAGAGUUAAAAAGAGACAAAAGAUUGUCAGUGAGGAGGGCAUUGAAGAAGGUUGGGAAGAAGUGUUUGACUACAUAUUUCCUGAGGAUGAAAUGGUUAAACCCAAUCUUAAACUGCUUGCCAUGGCUAAGCAAUGGCGGAAGGAGAAAGAGGCUCAGCCCUCUACAGACACAGAUUCGAGUAAAAGUCCCUCAGCCUCAGAUGAACAAGGACACACACCUGUUUCAAAUGAUAAUGAAGAAAAUGAUAAUGAUAGUUGAAACAUCAUGAACUGAUCUUUUUACAAUGUGUAAGAAUAAAAUAAUAAUUCUGCAUUUGUGUUUUGUGCUGUAUUCCAGACUGACCAUUUUUACAACUAAAUUGUAUCUUCAAUAAAACAAUGUAUGAUUGAUUUA